AAUCACGCCGCGAUUUCAUCCGCAGCGUCAGGUCACGGUAUUUAAUUCAUUGUGAAGUCGCACAGCGAAUGAUUGCACACGGCAUCUUUAGCUAACGCUAGUAAAAGUUACAGAUUACCCCUAUUCAGAAUGUCGGCGGUUUCACGACGCAGCUCAAUCUUGGUGCCAAUCAAGAACAUCGAGCGGGAGCUCCUCUGCCCAAUCUGCAAAGAACUGUUCACGCACCCCCUCAUUCUACCUUGCCAGCACAGCGUUUGUCACAAGUGUGUCAAAGAGCUGCUCCUGCUGAACCAUGAAGAUUCCCUCAGUACCGAUGCGGGGUCCGAGUCGUCCUUACCCGGGAGUCCUCGCUCCAGAGUUCCCUCUCCUAGUAUGGAAAGACUCGACCGGCUCGUGAGAUCAGGGUCGAUCUCCUCGCCGGGGUGGAGGCGAGGCUCGAUCACGCCCCGCAUCACGACGUUCCCCUGCCCGGGCUGCCAGCACGACAUCGACCUGGGCGAGCGGGGCAUCAGCAUGCUCUUCCGCAACUUCACCCUGGAGUCCAUCGUGGAGCGCUACCGGCAGGCGGCCCGCGCCGCCGUGGCCAUCAUGUGCAACAUGUGCAAGCCGCCCAUCCAGGAGGCCACCAAGAGCUGCAUGGACUGCAAGGCCAGCUACUGCAAUGAGUGCUUCAAGCUCUACCACCCCUGGGGCACCCCCAAGGCCCAGCACGAGUAUGUGGGCCCCACCACCAACUUCAGACCAAAGGUUCUGAUGUGUCCAGAACACGAGAUGGAGAAAGUCAACAUGUACUGUGAGGUGUGCAGACGUCCAGUCUGUCACCUCUGUAAGCUUGGUGGCUCUCACGCCAAUCACAAAGUGACAUCUAUGAGCAGUGCUUACAAGAUUCUUAAGGAGAAGCUCUCAAAAAGUAUCCAUUACCUAAUCAGCAAAGAGGACCAAGUGAGGACUCAGAUUUCUGAGCUUGAGGUGUUGAUCAAUCAAACCGAGGAAAACGGAGAGCUGGCGGAGAGGCAGGCCCACGACCAUUUCGACCACCUCUUCGAGAUCCUGCAGGAGAAGAAGGUGGAGAUGCUGAGGUCCAUCGAGCAGUCGAAGACCCGCCGCCUGGAGAAGCUCCGGGGGCAGGUGGAGGAGUACCAGGGCAUGCUGGAGAACAGCGGGCUGGUGGGCUACGCCCAGGAAGUGCUGAAGGAGACCGACCAGUCCUGCUUCGUCCAGACUGCCAAGCAGCUGCACACCAGGAUCCAGAAAGCCACAGAGUCUCUGAGGACCUUCCACCCAGCAGCUGUCCCCACCUUUGACGAGUUCACUUUGGACGUGUCCAGAGAGGAGACCCUCCUGAAGGAGCUUAGCUUCGGAGGAGUGCCAGACCCGCCCAUCAUCGAUAAGUUCCGAAGCCGGAUCUACAACGAGGGGCUGAUCUGGUGGGAGCUUCCGGAGGACAGCUGCCCCACAGACCAGCAGGUGCUGGAGUACAGGAAGCACGGGGCGGAGGAGGAGAGCGGCUGGGAGGUGCGGGACAAGGUGUUCGGCUCCAGCACAGUGGUGUGCGACCUCGACAGCGACAGCGUCUACUCCUUCCGGGUGCGGACCUGCCGCAACUCCUUGUUCAGCUGCUACAGCCCGGAGGUGACCUUUUACACGCCCCCAGCUCCAGUUUUCAGCUUCCUGUUCAACGACAAGUGCGGUUUCAGCCCCGAGCGGCUGAUCCUGAGCAAGCAGCGCGACUCGGUGGAGAGCGUGGCCGGCCUGCCCUUCCUGCUGGCCUCCGAGCGCGUGCAGACCGGCAGCUACGUCUGCCUGGACUACAUCAUCGGCGACACGGGCAUCUCCCAGGGCAGGCACUUCUGGGCCUUCCACGUGGACUCGCACUCCUACAUGGUGAAAGUGGGCGUGGCCUCCGACUCCAAGCUGCAGGAGUGGUUCCACAACCCCCGCGACACCAGCAGCCCCAGGUACGACCAUGACAGCGGCCAUGACAGCGGCAGCGAGGACACCUGCUACGAGCUGUCCCAGCCCUUCACCCUGGUCACCGUGGGGAUGGGCAAGCUGUUCAUCCCCAAGGGCUCCGCGGCGGCUGCCGCGGCGGGCGACCAGGGCGGCCGCGUGCUGCCCAUGCCCCAGCGCAUCGGCGUCUGCCUGGACUACGAGGGAGGCCGGGUCUACUUCUACGACGCCGACACCAUGCGGUGCCUUUACGAGCGGCCAGUGGACUGCUCGGGUACCAUGUACCCCGCCUUCGGGCUGAUGGGCAGCGGCGGGGUGCACCUGGAGGAGCGCAUCACCGCCAAGCGGCUGGCGUACCCGCCUGAUGAGCAGUAGGCGCCCGCCCGCGUCCGUACGCUCUCGGCGCCCUGCCCUCC